GAAGGCCGAGCUGCGCCAACCCGGCUCCGCCCCCGCCUGUCUGUGACUGUGGCGGCCGCUACCGAUAAAGUUGUUGUUCUGCCAACAUGGCGGCGCCCAUGGAGGCCGGCCGGGCAGUGUUCGCCUGAGGUGGGAACCGAGGCAUAAGGAGCCGCAGGCCAGAACCUGUGAGCAGGGCCUCCCGCCUUCUGAAGAAUGGCUUCUGCUUGGCAGAGACUGGGCUUCUAUGUCUCUCUUCUGAAAAGGGAGCUAAAUGGUGGGCCGGAUGUCAUCAGUUGGGGAAAGAGAGUCAUUCCAGGAUGUACCAGAGGAAUUUACAGUGCCACGGGCCAGUGGACGAAAGAGUAUACGCUGCAGACAAGAAAGGAUGUUGAGAAAUGGUGGCAUUCACGGAUAAAAGAACAGGCCUCCAAAAUUUCUGAAGCUGAUAAAUCGAAGCCCAAGUUUUAUGUGCUCUCCAUGUUCCCCUACCCGUCGGGCAGGCUGCACAUGGGCCACGUGCGCGUGUACACCAUCAGCGACACCAUCGCCCGGUUCCAGAGGAUGAGGGGGAUGCAGGUCAUCAACCCCAUGGGGUGGGAUGCGUUCGGACUGCCUGCCGAAAACGCCGCCAUUGAGAGGAACCUACAUCCAGACAGUUGGACGCAAAGUAACAUUAAGUACAUGCGGAAGCAGCUUGACCGCCUGGGCCUGUGUUUCAGCUGGGACAGGGAAAUAACCACGUGUUUACCAGACUACUACAAGUGGACGCAGUACCUCUUUAUCAAGCUCUACGACGCUGGACUGGCCUAUCAGAAGGAGGCCUUGGUUAACUGGGACCCCGUGGACCAAACAGUGCUGGCCAACGAGCAGGUGGAUGAGCAGGGCUGUUCGUGGCGCUCCGGAGCGAAGGUGGAGCAGAAGUACCUCAGGCAGUGGUUCCUCAAGACAACUGCUUACGCAAAGGCCAUGCGGGACGCGUUGGCAGACCUCCCGGAGUGGUAUGGAAUCAAAGGCAUGCAGGCCCACUGGAUCGGGGACUGUGUGGGCUGCCACCUGGACUUCACCUUAAAGGUGGACGGGCAAGUCACAGGAGAGAAGCUGACCGCCUACACGGCCACCCCCGAGGCCAUUUAUGGCGCGUCCCACGUUGCUGUCACUCCCGGCCACAGGCUCUUACACGGGCACAGCCCUCUGAAGGAAGCCUUGCGGAAGGCACUGGUCCCUGGCAGAGAUUGCCUCACGCCCGUGACUGCUGUGAACAUGCUCACCCAGCAGGAGGUCCCUGUCGUCAUCGUGGCCGACGCUGAAUUUGAGGGCUCUCUGGAUUCAAAAAUAGGCAUUCCCUGCACCAGCUCAGAGGACACCGUCACAGCCCAAACCCUGGGCCUGUCCUACUCCGAAGUCAUCGAGACGUUGCCAGACGGCACGGAGAGGCUGAGCGGCUCCGCUGAGUUCACAGGAAUGAGCCGGCAGGAUGCGUUUCUCGCCCUGACUGAGAAAGCCCGGAGGAAGGGAGUGGGUGGAGAUGUGACGAGUGGUAAACUGAAGGACUGGCUGAUCUCCAGGCAGCGGUACUGGGGCACCCCGAUCCCCAUGGUCCACUGCCCGGCCUGUGGCCCCGUGCCCGUGCCGCUGGAGGACCUGCCCGUGACCUUGCCCAGCAUCACAUCUUUCACUGGCAAGGGAGGCUCCCCACUGGCCACAGCGUCGGAGUGGGUGAACUGCCCCUGCCCCAGGUGCAAGGGCGCAGCCAAGAGAGAGACAGACACGAUGGACACCUUUGUGGAUUCCGCCUGGUACUACUUCAGAUACACCGACCCUCGGAACACGCACAGUCCUUUUAGCCCAGCGCUGGCGGACUACUGGAUGCCUGUGGAUCUGUACAUUGGGGGGAAAGAGCACGCCGUCAUGCACUUGUUCUACGCGAGAUUCUUCAGUCAUUUCUGCCACGAUCAAAAAAUGGUCAAGCACAGAGAGCCUUUCCAUAAGCUGCUGGCCCAAGGCCUUAUCAAGGGGCAGACCUUCCGCCUUCCAUCUGGUCAGUAUCUACGGAGAGAGGAAGUCGAUCUCACCGGUUCUGUCCCUGUUCAUGCAAAAACAAAGGAGAAGCUGGAGGUGACGUGGGAGAAGAUGAGCAAGUCCAAGCACAAUGGGGUGGACCCUGAGGAGGUGGUGCAGCAGUACGGCAUCGACACGGUCCGCCUCUACCUCCUCUUCGCUGCCCCCCCAGAGAAGGAUAUCUUGUGGGACGUCAAGACUGACGCGCUGCCCGGCGUGCUCAGAUGGCAGCAGCGGCUGUGGUCCUUGGCAACCCGCUUCAUUGAGGCCAGGGCUUCCGGGGAGGUUCCCAGGCCCCAGCGGCUGAGCAGCGAGGAGAAAGCCGAGGCCCGCAAGCUCUGGGCGUUCAAGAACACGAUCAUCUCUCAGGUGACCGCCCACUUCACGGAGGACUUCUCUCUGAACUCUGCCAUUUCUCAUCUGAUGGGACUCAGCGGGGCCCUCUUGCAAGCUUCGCCGAGGGUCGUCCUCCACAGCCCCGAGUUCGAGGACGCUCUGUGUGCCCUGCUGGUGAUGGCCGCCCCGAUGGCCCCUCACAUAACCUCCGAGCUCUGGGCAGGCCUGGCGCUGGUGCCCAGGAAGCUCUGCACCCACUACGCCUGGGACGCCGGCGUGCUGCUCCAGCCCUGGCCGGCUGUGGACCCGCAGUUCCUGCAGCCGCCCGACGUCCUUCGUUCAGCUGCUCUUGGUUCCAAGCGGGGAGGGGGUGAUGCCCUGCUUGUCUCCGGCUUUUCUCCUCAGAUCAACAACAAAGCCUGCGGCAAAGUCCCUGUGCCCCAGCACGUGGCCCAGGACCAGGACAAAGUCCACGAGCUCGUCCUGCAGAGCGAGCUGGGCGCCAGGCUCCUGCAGGGGCGCAGCAUCAAGAAGGCCUUCCUCUCGCCCAGGACAGCCCUCAUCAACUUCCUGGUGCAGGAGUGACCCCACCGGGUCCCCAAAGGACCUCCAUCCAGGCCUGGACAAUGAAGAAGAUGCGGGCCAGGCAGAUGGGCAUCAGCAGUGUGCCCUGUGGUGUGGCCUGGUGCAGGGUGAGGGUGGGCAAAGGAGAAAGAUGAGUGGCGGGGAGGGGGGGGCAGCCUGCCCCCCCGCAUUACCUGGUGAAGGAAGCCAUUGACCCCAUUGAAGCCACCAGAGACGGCCGGGCGGGCACAGGAAGUGAUGGGCAUAGCACCAGGCCUCUCAAGCAGCCUGGUGCUUCUGGAUCCAGAAAUGGCACCUCCCAGGGACACCCAAGAACUUGUGGGUAAACCGAGCAGCCCCACGAGGCUCGGGAGCGGCGUGGACAGUCCCUCUGAAUGGGUAACAGCCUGGGCAUCGUGGUGGGUGGCUCCUCGCUCAGGCCAGAUGGGAAAGCCGUGUGGGUCCAAACACCCAGCACGCGGAUGGACGCCGGAGUCCUCAGACGUUGCGGUGCCAGUCCCUGUGCCAGCGUCCCCACUGCUCCUCAGCUCCGCCCUGUGGGUGGCAUCCUCCCCAGCCCCACUGGAUGCGCCCACCACCCGCCGGGCGGAGCACCACUUCCUACCCUGAGUGAGGAGCCGCUGGCUAACCGCCCCCUCGGGGUAGAACAUUUGCUGUGCAGCGAGGCGGAACCAAGCCGCUUCCAGCCUCGGCUGGAACCAAUCUCAGAGCCACCGCAGCCCCGCAGGGAGUCUGCUCACUGGGCCCCAGAUGGCAACGCUGCCUUUGAGACCGUCCCCAGAGCGGGUUCACCACAGAGGAUGGACGGGCGCCACCCGGCGUUGCCUCCUGUGUUCGAGCCGCCGCAGUCCGGCUGCUGGGAGGUGGCCAGGAAUGCACCUGUGUUGGUGGCGAACUAGGAUCAUCCUGGCUUUACGUGAAGUCAGCAACUCGGUGCUCCCACCAGAACUGACCGUAGCCACUGAUGAAUAUUGAUGGGGAAAGUGGGGGAGCAGCUAGCCAUUGUGUGAUGCUGAAAAUCUUUUUUCUCUGCCAUUUUUCCGAAGUGGCCUCCGGGGCGGUCCCCCUGCAGCCCAGCAGUUAACAGAUGCCUUUCUUAAUGCAAUAAAAUGUUUGUCAUGUAUGACUCCGGGA